AUGGAUUAAUUGGAAGCAUUGUUAGUCAAGAGUCCAACUAAUCAAUAUAUAAUAUAUAAUAAGAUAUUAGGAAGAGGAGCAUAUGGAGUUGUAUUACUUACUAAAUAGAUUAAAUAAUAAUAAUUAUAUGCAAUCAAAAUAGUAAUAAUAUCUGUUAUCAAAGAUUUCCAAAAAAGUCUUAGCUAAAAUAAAUGGAGCUUACAAUAUGAGAUAAGAAAUAUUAUUUUUAUCAAAAUUGUAACAUCCAAAUAUUAUAAAAAUGUAUGAAACUUUUGAAGAUGAAAACUAUUUUUAUAUAGUAUUGGAAUAUUGUUCCAAGGGAAAUUUAUAUUUAUUACUUAAGGAAUAAGGAGCGUUUUCUGAAGAAAAAGCUUUUAAAUACUUUAAUUAAAUUUUGUAAGCAAUAUAAUUUAUGCAUAAAAGAUAAAUUAUCCAUAGAGAUUUAAAAGUUCUUAUAUAUAAAUAUUUUUGUAAUAGUUGGCAAAUAUUUUAUUAACAUAAGACGAUUAAAUAAAGAUUUGUGAUUUUAAUUGGGCAACUGAAUUAAAUGAUGGCCAAGCUGAUCCAGUUCUUUGUGGAACUGUUGACUAGAUGCCACCAGAAGUUUCUUCCUUUAGUUUUCAUGAUACAAAAUUGGAUAUAUGGAGUUUAGGAGUUUUGUUAUAUGUAAAACGAAUCAUUAUAAAUAGGAAAUGUUACAUAAUAGUCUUCCAAUUAUAUCUUUUGUGACUGAAUUAUCUUUUGGAAGACAUGUGAGUGAAGAAGCAGCAAAAUUGAUAAAAGAUUUAAUGAGCCUAGAAAAAUCUUAAAGACCAACAGUAAGUGAAAUAUAUUCUUACAAAUGGAUGAAAAAUAACAUUACAAAAUAAAAAGUUUAAUCUACAACUUAAAGUUUAUGUGUUACUCCAAGACAUUCAAAAUAAAAUAGUUUGGAUCUGAAAGAUUUAAGUAAAUAUAUCAAAACUGAAAAUUGA